AUGCCGCACCAGCCACAGACGUCCCACCCGGACCAGCACUACUACCUCUUCCCCAACAUGCAGACCCUCGACCCGGCGCGCGAGAUGGAGCUGCAGCUGCAGGCGCAGCCCUGGAUGAUGGCCACCAUGAUCGAGGACGACGACCUGACCUUUGGCGGCAAGCCGCUGAGCACCUGGUACGAGGAGGACCGGAGGCGGUACAGCGUCGGCGACGACGGCGCGCCGUCGCUGCCCGAGUUUGCCGACGAGGAGGAGGAGCAGCGGGGCCGGCAACGGGACCGACGCAGGACCGCCCGCACUACCAGCAUCACAAGUCUUCGCACGAGCACCACAAGAAGUCGCAUCAUCAUCAUCACCACCACCAACACCAACAUCAUCACCACAAGCCGCACCACGAAGAGAAGAAGCACUGAACAGCGCGCUCUUCUCUUCCUUCCCAACACUCUACACGCAAUCGCGCGCUCUGGUCCCGCAGCGUGGUUUUGCUUUUUUCGACAACAGCAUUCUUAG